GUAUCCGGAGGUCUCCAUGGGUUCAAUGGUAUGCUGGUGUCUCUGUUGAUGGGGGUGUGCAGCUCUGCAGGAGACUGGUACUGGUGGCUGCUACUGCCUGUCUUUCUGGGGGGAGCUACCAGUACGCUCCUCUACAGUGGCCUGGCUCCCCUGCUAGAAAAGUGGGACCUACCUGUGGCUGUGUUCCCCUUCAACAUGGUGAUCCUGCUCUACCUGGCCUGUACUGGCUCCUCUAACCCCUACUACCCUCACCACCCUGCCACACCACUAGGGGAGCUAGAGAGCAAUGCUACCCAGCUCAGCCUCACUCAG